CUUCACAGUAGUCCCUAACGUCAUCAAUGAGGAUUUUAGGAAGUAGUAAACAGUUAAAGAUGAGUUAUCUCUCUUUCCACAACUGCGCAGGCUCGUUGAAAAUGAAAGCAGAGUAGACGGGGCUAGUCAGAAGGCCUACUUGACAGAGACGGUUGUAAAUGUGGCACACGGAAUGACGACGUUAAUUCUUUUUAUCGUGGUGUGCUCGUCCCUUUGGAUUGAUAAAGUUGCAUGUGACAAUGAUGCACAUAUUUACUACUCUGGUUCACAGACCUCCUAUCCUGACAAGAAGUGGUCUGAUCAUUUCUGUAUCACAUACAACCCCAAGUUCCAUUCUCUGUCAACGAAAGUGAAUACCGCUACGGUCUAUGACUUAGUGGAUCUGUCGAGGGACCCGGGCUGUCACCUCUCCAAUGCUUACAAUAACAACACAAAUGUCACAGACAAGGUUGUGGCCAUUGCCAGAGGAAACUGCACCUUCACAGAGAAAGCCAGGGUGGCUCAGGACCACGGGGCUGCUGGGAUACUGAUCGUCUCCAGUGACAUGGUGAAUCCCGGAGCCAAUCAGACGUCAGACUACGACACGAUCAACAUAGUAGUGGCCAGUAUCAGAACCGCAGACUUUGUGGACAUAAUGAAAGAAGGACCAGACGUCGAGGUGAAGUUGGUAGCGCUGGGUGCGAGGGGCCUCGAUUUCACCGUCAUUAUCAUCGGUGUGCUGGCCGUGUCUUGUGUUGCUGUGGGUGGAUUUUGGGCGGGGAAGACUUCGACGUCAGACUCAAAGAAAUCAACACAGAUUGCUGCAGGGAAGCCGGCCGGGAAGACAGGGGACAGUGAUGACGCUGAUGAUUCAGACGAGGAGCCGGACAUCUCCAUUACAGCUGUCAUCGUCUUCUUCCUGCUUGUCUGUACCUUCCUGGUCCUGUUGUAUUUCUUCUAUGAUUAUCUAGUGUAUGUGGUGAUCAUUAUGUUCUGUUUGGCGGGGACCAUUGGCCUGUUUGCUUGCCUGGAACCCCUGUGUAGGAGAAUCCCCUGGGAAGCAAGGUUGCCUAGUAACAGAAUUCCACUUCUACGUCAGCGCCCGCUGUACCGUGACAUUAUACUAGGGGUGCUGUGUCUGGGUGUGGCUGUGGUCUGGGGAAUCGAGAGAAAAGCCAGAUUCGCCUGGAUUGUACAGGAUAUUUUGGGAUUUGCAUUUUGUGUCAACAUGUUGAAGACUCUGCGGCUCCCAAACCUUAAGAUUUGUGUGGUUCUGAUGGUGCUGUUAUUUUUUUACGACAUUUUCUUUGUCUUCAUCACGCCUUACAUAACGUCUUCGGGGGAGAGUGUGAUGGUUAAGGUGGCUACAGGGGGUUCAGCGGGGUCGUCGUCAGGGGAACAGAUCCCCAUGGUUUUUAAAGUGCCACACCUGUGGACUGCCUGUUAUGGAGUCCAGUUCUCUUUGUUAGGAUUUGGUGACAUUGUUGUUCCAGGUUUAUUGAUCAGCUACAAUCACAGAUUUGAUGUCAAGAUGACAACCAAGCGUAUACCAAUCUAUUUCAUAUCCACAGUCAUAGCUUAUGCAGUUGGCCUCUUGAUAACCUUUGUUGCACUCUAUCUCAUGGGCAAGGGCCAACCGGCUUUAUUGUAUCUUGUGCCUUGUACUCUUGGUACAACAUUUGUGAUUGGCUGUUUACGAGGAGAGGCCCGUUCCCUCUGGGCUGGUAUUUCUAAACAGCGAAAUACUGCAAAACCUCAAAGUGAAAUCAACACAGGGGCGCCUGUUACAACAGUCAAGUCAGCGGACCAGAGCAGCAGUGACGGCUCUUCUGACGGAGGGAGUGAGAGCAGACUGUUGAUAAACACCAGGAAAUAACUCUACACGAGUGGUUCAAUGAAAAAUAAAAGAUCUGUUUUGUAGGACAUUGUGUGUUAAGGUGUGCUAUGUGUAGCAUUUCAAUAUAUUUCUUUGUUGACUGACUAUGGAACACUGUACCGGAUUCUUCCAAUUAUUUCCCAAACAAUGAUAAAAUGGGCGUUGAUAACUAUAUAUUUUACAUGAUUUGAAACAAUUGUACAUAUGAUAUACAUGUGUGUAGUUACUGUAAUCUUGUUUAAUUGAGUAACAUGAUUUUUGUUUGUUUUCAGUGGAACUUAUUUUCUGUUUUGGUCGGUGUGUAAUGAAAUUGCAGGACGAUUGUGAAAAAUAUUCUGAUAAAUUUGAUAAACUGAUCAUUCUUGUC